CUGUCAGUGUCACACACUUUUACGUUUGCGUGGCGAUUUUCGAUUUGCUGGAGUUUCGUAGUCGUAUAAACAUGCCUGCAGACACGCUCGCUCUCACUUCUGCUAUUGAAGUGUGGUUCUGACAUUUCUGUUAAAGUAUCAAUAUUCAGAUGUCAUGAUGCCCUUAGAUCGUGUAGCUGUCUUCCAGUUCAGUUUGCUCGUUCUAGCAAUACCAGCUCAGUACUUUAUCCUCAAGUUCAUGGAAACAUCAGAAUCUCAGAGGAGCUAUGCCUUGAGGAAUGUUUUAAGCAGUGCUGUUGGGCUGAAGAACAAAUACUUAACGUGGAUGUCCUGGCGGCAGUGGUGUGUGUCCCUGUUAAAGAGUAUUCGUCAGGAGAGUGUGGAGUAUGGGGGUCAGGAUGACCCAGAUGGCGAAUCUCCAGCUGUGGAGGUUAUCAAACUGCGCAACCCAGAUGGCAUGUUUGGAGCCUCGCCCGUACCCCGGAGCCCUAGACCAGCACACGUGAAGUACAGAGUAGGUCAAGUCAUCAAGCAUAAGAUUUGGGGCUACCGAGGAGUGAUCAUUGCCUGGGACACUGAAGCUAAGGCUCCAGCGCAGUGGUUAUCAGAAAUGCACCCAAAAAAUAAAAAGCAUUGGAGAAAUAUGCCAAAUUAUGCUAUUUUGGUUGACACCAGAGACCGUAUAAAUGCUCAAAUGACAUAUGUGCCUGAAGAAAAUAUCCAAGUCAUCAUCAAUACAAAGAUAUUCCACCCAAAUCUGGAUGAGUAUUUUGAGGCGUGGGAUGGAGCUCAAUACCUGGCACGUCCAUGGAUGAAAGCACUCUAUCCACAUGACUGAUGUCUACAUGACCGGCUUAUGAAACUUACCAGAUUAACAUUGCAAUGUGUACUCCAACCACAACUGGGCCCAUUUUCACCAGUCCGCUCCUGCCGUAAUUAAAGACACAGUUUAUCAUCCGAUUACAGAUUUCUAUAGAUCCUCAAGACUGAUGUCUGCACGACCAGCGUGCACUGAUUAUAGCACAGUACAUACUCCAGUCACAGAUUCAUCAUAUCCUCUGUAUGCUGUCCCAGUGGCCAGCUUGCCCUAGUUAACAUACAAUGAGUACAUCCUCCAAUCAAAGAUUCCCCUCUAUCCUCAUGACCGGCUUCCCCUAUAUUUUCCUAAGCUUUUUCAAUGCUCUGAACUUCUUCAUACCUAAGAAAAUCAAGUGUGUGUUCAAUUUAUGCAGUGAAAUUUAUGGUGUAGUCAUGUCCUGGAUAUUUCUAUUUAAAAAGCUCUUUCAUCUGAUUUUGGCAUCAAUUUUAUGCUUUAUUAUACCUUCAAAUGGAUACAGAAUGAAGCUGAUUGGCUGACAGUGGAGAUAAGGUUUCCUGGGUUAAAUCCUGUAGCCUUGGUCACCCUUGAAUAAAUCUGCCAUAUAUAAAAUUCAGCAUACACUAGGCAUAGCCUGGACUUGCCUGUCACACCAGCCAAUCAGAAUCGAUUCUGUAUCCCUUUAAGACUGGCUGCU